UAUUGCUCUAGAACCUUCAGGGUGUCCAAAGAACCCUUCUUAAACCCUAAGCCUGAGGUUGCGAAGAGCCGACCCAAGGAACUUGUGACGGAGUGGAGGAGAGGAGCUCGACGGGAGAAUGCUUGGCGCUUCACGGCGUUCGCUUUCAGCAGCGGUGCGCACAUGUGGCUGCGCUCCCCGAAGCUGGCUGGCUCUUUCCGUCUUGCCACACAACUCAUCACUCCCUUCCGCUCAGAACUCGGUUUUGGAGCAUGAAUCCAAAUAUCUUCCAUUUUCCUUUCGAUGGUUUUCGAUGCUGUCUGCUUCCAAAGUUUCCCGCUUUGGAUGCUCGGUGGCCUUAAAUAGCAAUCUAGUCAGCAAACUCCAUGAGUCAACUGCAACUGCAGCUGAUUCGUCUGAUCCGCCAUCUGAGAAAUAUGAGUACCAGGCUGAGGUUAGUCGUCUCAUGGAUCUCAUAGUUCACAGCUUAUACAGCAACAAAGAAGUGUUUCUCCGGGAGUUGAUAAGUAAUGCUAGUGACGCUCUAGACAAGCUGCGUUACUUGAGUGUUACUCAGCCUGAACUUUUGAGGGAUGCUGUUGAUCUUGACAUUCGCAUUCAUACUGACAAGGACAAUGGAAUAAUAACUCUGACUGACUCUGGAAUUGGAAUGACGAGGCAGGAGCUUGUUGAUUGUCUUGGAACUAUUGCUCAGAGUGGAACAGCAAAGUUUUUCAAGGCAUUGAAGGAUAGUAAGGAAGCUGGUGCUGACAGCAAUUUAAUUGGCCAAUUUGGGGUUGGAUUUUACUCAGCAUUCCUUGUUGCUGACAAGGUAGUUGUUUCAACAAAAAGUCCAAAAUCGGAGAAGCAGUUUGUUUGGGAAGGAGAAGCUAAUGCUAACUCUUAUACAAUAAGGGAGGAGACAGACCAGGAUAAACUUAUCCCAAGAGGAACUCGCAUUACAUUAUAUCUUAAGCGUGAUGACAAGGGAUUUGCUCAUCCUGAAAGAAUCGAAAACCUUAUCAAGAAUUAUUCUCAGUUUGUCUCCUUCCCAAUUUUUACCUGGAAAGAGAAAGGUUUCACUAAAGAGGUUGAGAUUGAGGAGGAUCCAACAGAAGCUCAGAAGGAUGCAGAAGAAGAUGGUAAUGUUGAGAAGAAAAAGAAGACCAAAAAGGUUAUUGAAAAAUAUUGGGAUUGGGAACUUAUCAAUGAGACGCAGCCAAUAUGGCUUCGCAAUCCUAAAGAUGUUACAACGGAUGAGUACAAUGAAUUCUACAAGAAGACGUUCAAUGAAUAUUUAGAUCCUUUGGCUUCUUCGCAUUUUACUACCGAGGGAGAGGUGGAGUUCAGGUCCAUUUUGUUUGUGCCUCCUGUGAAAAGAGAAGAUAUGUUGAAUACAAAAACAAAGAACAUAAGGCUUUAUGUUAAACGCGUAUUCAUAUCAGAUGACUUUGAUGGGGAACUGUUUCCAAGAUAUCUGAGCUUUGUGAAAGGCGUUGUGGAUUCAAAUGACCUUCCUCUGAAUGUCUCACGUGAGAUCCUUCAAGAAAGCCGCAUUGUGCGGAUCAUGAGGAAACGGCUAGUUCGCAAGGCCUUUGAUAUGAUAUUAGGAAUUUCACUUAGUGAGAACAGAGAUGAUUAUGAUAAAUUUUGGGAUAAUUUUGGCAAAUUUUUGAAAUUGGGAUGCAUCGAAGAUCAUCCAAACCACAAGCGCAUUGCACCGCUUCUUAGAUUUUUCUCAUCUCAAAGUGAGGACGAGUUGAUCAGCUUAGAUGAAUAUGUGGAGAGUAUGAAGCAAGAACAGAAAGAUAUCUACUACAUUGCUGCGGACAGUUUGACGAGCGCAAAAAAUGCUCCUUUCCUAGAGAAACUUUCUCAGAAGGACUUUGAGGUUCUAUUUUUAGUUGAUCCCAUGGACGAACUUGCUAUCCAGAAUCUGAAGACCUACAAGGAAAAGAAUUUUGUUGAUAUUAGCAAGGAGGAUUUAGAUCUGGGGGAUAAGGAUGAGGAGAAGGAGAAGGAAAUCAAGCAAGAAUUUGUUCAGACCUGUGAUUGGAUAAAGAAGCAAUUGGGCGACAAAGUUGCAAGCGUUCAGAUUUCUAACCGUCUUAGUUCCUCUCCAUGUGUGCUUGUUAGUGGAAAAUUUGGUUGGUCCGCCAACAUGGAGAGGUUGAUGAAAGCACAGACACUUGGUGAUGCUUCUAGUCUUGAGUUCAUGCGCUCGAGGAGAGUUUUUGAAAUUAAUCCGGAGCAUCCAAUUAUUAAAAAUCUGAAAGUUGCUAGUAAAAGUUACCCAGAUGAUCCUGAUGCUCUCAGGGCAAUUGAUCUUCUGUAUGACACAGCUCUGAUUGCUAGUGGCUUUACACCGGAUAACCCAGGAGAGCUUGGAGGAAAGAUUUACGAGAUGAUGAGCAUGGCAAUUGGAGGAAGGUGGGCAGAAACUUCUCAAGCAAGCCAUCACGGUUCACCCAACCAACCUACUCAAUUUCAAACCACCGAGCCGUUGGAAGCUGAAAUCGUUCAUCCAGUUGAAGCUGAAAGCCAGAAAUAAACGAUUUGCAAGACUUUCAACAUAGGGGAUGAAUAGAAUUCUCACUAGUUAUUUGUAAGCGUUUGGAGACUUUGGAUGUGAUCAUUAUUCACAUUCAUUCUUAUUUUUCUAUAAUUUUUUUUUGAUGAAAUGAAACGGUAAAGCUCGAAUAAAAAUUUUAUCAGAUGUUGUUAUAUAA